CUCAUAAAUACAUCCGGGUAGCACCUCUCCGUAGUCUAGAUAAAGUCAAUAACAAUCAAAGUAGCAGUUUAUUCGCUUUUAAGUGGUUUGAGCCGUUAACAUAUGCCUUUAAACUAAAUAUGCUUCAACUGGAUGGACAUAUAAAGGCGUAGUUUUGAGUGAACUUCGCAGUAUGGAUACAGGAGGCUCAAAGAAAAUGCGACCCAGGGAGCUCCCGCCUCUUCCACAGCGCGGGCAGCGAACACUUCCUACAAUGCUGAGUCAGGACGCAGUUGCACCAAAACAGAAGAAGAAGAGGGUGAGAAAGGAGGCAAAUGGAGUUGAUGAUAUGGAUGAUCAGGGGGUGGAGAUGGGAGGCCUGGGCAGCAGGAGGACGUCUGAGGUCGGAGAGCAACUUUCUCUUGAACCCGCAACUGAAGCACCCCCCCAGAGGAGGAGGAAGAAAAAGAAAGCUGCCACUAUAGAUCUUGAAGAUGACCAGGCUGAUCUGGUGAAUGGAGAUGCAGUGGAUCAGACCACCGAUGGAGAAGAAGUGGUACGAAAACCCAAAAAGAAAAAGAAGUCAAGAGUCGUUGAAUCACAGCUUCCCGAUGAGUUGGACGUGGAGGAGGAUGAUAUUAUCACAGACACCCCUCCUGCCAUCCCCCAGCAUUCCCUGUUCUCGGCCCCGCAGGGUCAGAGCCAGCCGGUUGGGAAGGUCUUUGUGGAGAGGAACAAACGUUUCCAGGCAGCGGAGCGCUCAGACUGGAGGAAGACCAGUGACCAGAUGGAUAACAUGACGGACCUCCAGCACAUGCAGCCGCUCUGGACCACCAGAGACGUUUCUAUCAGAGUGCACGAAUGCUUCAGGGUGUUCGGUCUUUACUGUCACGGCUUCCUGGCGGGCUAUGCUGUGUGGAACAUCGUUGUGGUGUACAUGUUGGCCGGGCAACACCUAACCGCUCUGUCCAACCUGCUGGAGCAGUACCACAGCCUGGCUUACCCCUCCCAGUCUCUGCUCUACAUGCUGCUGGCCGUCAGCACCGUGGCCGCCUUCGACCGAGUGAAUCUGGCCAAAGGCUCCAUGGCUCUGCAGGAGUUCAUCACACUGGACCCCGUCGCACUCGCCUCAUUCUGUGAGUCCACGCUGUAUUUAUUCGUUUUAGAUGAAGUACAAGUCCUUCCUUUAAACACACACUAUACACUCUUUGUUUAUUAUCUCCAAUCCGUAGUGUAUUUCUCAGCGCUGGUCCUCUGUUUGAGCCAGCAGAUGACCAGCGAUCGAAUCAACCUGUACCCGUCCUUCAACACCACGCUAUGGCCACCAGGGUCAGAGCACCAGAUUCUCCACCCGUGGGUGACGGUCAACCUGGUGGUGGCGCUGCUUGUUGGCCUUGCCUGGAUCUUCAUCGCCACCAGACCUGAGACCGACUACACUGAAGGUUAUCUGAUGGCCAUGGAGAUUGAGCCGCCAAAACCAGAGGACAAAUCAGAAAUGACCGCCUGAGAAGAAUGACAGUAUAUUUGAUCUGAGACGACAGCUUUGAUGUCACUUUGCACAUAUUUUGCACCAUAUUUUAGCAGUGAACACUGAAUGUGUGAUACUGUAUAUUAUUUUUGUAUUUUUGAAAUGUGAAUGUACUUGUUUCUUUCUAAAUACAAGAUUUUAUCCAACAAA